CGCAGCGCAGGGCGCCGCGCACAGGGCGGCCGCGAACAACGCCUCCUGGCCGACGUCGCCGGAGAGCAGCGCGGAGCGGGUGCGCGGGCUGUGCGAGGUGCUGGAGGUGGCCUCGAAGCACCAGUCCUGCUCGCCCGGGCGCACGCCCCCGCCGCCGCCGCCCUCCCACGCGCCCACAGCGGCGCCGACGCCGGAGGGCAGCGACUGCGACCUGCAGGAGCUCGGCGCAUCGAGGCAUGGCGCCGCGCCUGGGAGCACAGGCGGCCCCGCUGAGGCUAAGCUCACGGAAGGCGCUGCCUCGAAGGUCGUGGGAGUCAGCGACGAGGUCGUGCUGUGGGUACCCGCGUGUGCGACGUGACGGCACAGGGGGCGCGUGGUUGGGGCCUCGUGUUCGGCCGCUCAUCCAGUUUGCAUCGUACAGUGUCGUCCAG